AAAAAAUUGAAAAUUAAAAAUAUACUGUCAUGAUCAGUUGUGAUUAGUAAGUAAAUAUAUAGUUAUUAUAAGUAAAUGAAUAUAUAAAAUUGUAUAAUAUCUGUUUGUUAUUGAUUAUUUUAUAUACAUGUAAUAAUUCAUAUCAAACAUUUUUGAUAUCACUUAUCGAUUGUAAUGGUUGUAUUAUAACAAAUGCAAGAUCUAAUUUGUGUUUAUGUUUAAGAGGUUAUAUGUUGGAUGUCUUGUCGAUCAUAGUUUCCGUGGUUUUGUAUAAAUUUGUUAAUAAUGAUGCUUUUAGUAUCAUAAUCUCUUUCCUCAUUCAACAAAACAGUUAUAAGAUAUGGAAUUUAUUUGUAUAAAGCGUGCAAAAAAUCGGAGAAAGAGGAGAAAUUUGAAAAAGCAACGUCGUGAACGAAUAAAAUUUGAGGUUAAGUUUGCAAAACGUCGAGGAUUUAUUUCAGAACGUAAUAAAAGUUUUAUUGCUAGAGAAAAGUUAAUUGUCAAUACGAUGCAAGCUAAUUCUUUUUGGGAAAAUUAUAUAGCUGCUCAAGAAUGGCAAAAAAGACAUAGCAUAAUUUGGUGGAGAACUCGGUGUAUUGCUUUGGAACAUGAAAAUCAAAUAUUGAGAGAUAAAUUGAAAGCUUUGGUAUGUCAAAGUAAUCAGCAGUAUGCUUCGCAUAAAAGAAGAAAAAGUGGAUAUAAACAUCAGGAUGUAGUAGAAGAAUGUGAAGAAAGUAGAUUUAACGAAGAAACAGAAAAUUUGGAAUUUCAUGUAGAUGAAGAAAUGAUGAGUUUUCUAGAACAAAGUAUGAGACAUAAAUUUGAAUUGAAAAAGUUAAGAGACUCAGAAAUACUUACUAAGAAAAGAGAGGAGGAAGAGGAAAAUAUAAGUAUCCAGGGUGGAGCUACAUGGAUGCAUGCAAGAAAUAGUAAUGCAAAAUUAUUAUAUGGCGAAGCUAGCCCUACGAUAUUAGCAAUGGAAACUGCUCUUCAAACUACUGUUGACAGACACAGAGAUAAAGCAAAGCCUCAGUAUUGGCCAAUUAUUCCUUUAAAACCAUAGACACUAAGAUCACCUACAUAUAUAUUAUGUAAAGAAUUAAAUAUAAUUAUAAUUUUUCAUGAUAAUGUUUUUUCAUAUUUUUUAAUGUGUGAGUUAUCCAAGGAUGUUUUUUCAGUCAGUACUUAUAUCAAUACUUAUAUAUCACACCGAUGGGAGAUGGCGCUAUAUACUCCUUUCUAGCUAAAGCCGAGGUAUACGAAUAAAUCUCGCCGUAGAUGAGGUAUACCUCGUUCAUAUAUCUCGUCUGUGAUCGUCGUAUAUCUCACAUACAAUGUAUUUUUUGUCCUGUUACGAUUUCGGGAUCCUAGGACUCCCAUAUCGACUUUGUUACAUUCUGUCAUAUCGAUUUGGACAACACAGCAGAGUGUGUUGCAUACACAUAGUGAUGAGAAUUAAAAUCAAAAAAUAUGGUCAGUUUUGUUAUAUCUACUUCAACAGUUAUUUAUUGAAUUGAACGUGGUGAUACUUCAUCAAUGAAGGAACAUAAUGAUUUAAAAUGGCGAUUGAUGGAAAUUGGGAUAAAAAAUUGAUUAGAUAUUUGAUUAUUUACAUCUAUUUAAAGGUAUUAGAAAAAAUUGAUUGAAAUAUAUUUUUUAACAAUAUAAUUAAAUAUGAAUUAGAUAUAAUGGCUCACUGUAAAGGGAAGAUUUCAAUUUUCAAGAUCAUUGAAAUUGAUAUGAUCGUGAAAAAAAAUUGUUCAGUGAUGCAAAAA